AUGAUUAUGGCUUCAUUACAAUAUCCUCAAAUUGACAUGUAUUGGUCAUCUAAAUGGAAACAGCCUAUCAUAACAUCAGCUAUGACACGUCUGCGUUCUUACGCAAUUAGAACGUCGUUAAAAGUGGUUUAUGAUCUUGAUGUUACCGUCGAAGAGCGUCAAAAAGGCAAGAUUUGGCAAGUGCGUCCCCUUUUCGAGAAAGUACGACAAGGAUGUUUACUUCAACCUCGCACAGCAAAAAUGUCUAUUGAUGAAAUGAUCAUUCCGUUUACUGGUCAAUGUUGUAUUCGUCAAUAUAACCCUAACAAAGCUAAUCCCUUAGGGUUAAAAGUAUUUGCAUUAGCAAGGCCUCGGGGAAUGGUUAUAGAUUUCGAGAUAUAUCAAGGGGACACAACUUUUCCAGAAAUUAGACAGAUGGGUUUUGGUCUCGGAGAAGCAGCUAUUCUUUGGCUGACCGAAGCACUUGUCCCUGGUCACCACAUCUUUUUUGAUCGCUAUUUUACCACUAUCAAAUUGUGUGAUGAAUUAUUGAAUAAAGGUUUUCACGCGACUGGAACAAUUAUGAGAAACCCAUUGCCCAAAAACUGUAUGAUGGAAGAAGAUAAGAGUUUUAUGAAAAAGCAACGGGGUUAUUAUGAAAUAAAAACACGAGUAGAUAGCAAGAUGGCACGUUGA